ACAGUUACUGUGCGAUGUUUGUUGCUGUGCAAUACUAUGACAGGGUUUAGGGAAAGGAGACGUCAAGUUUGUGUACUGUGUGUCCUUGCCUAUGAUAAGAUAUGUAAGUCACUUAGAGUUGGUAUUAACAUGGGAGAAAAACCUUGAAGUAACUUGCCAUGUAUUCAGGUGUGAAAAACAACCUGCCCUACUUUUUUGGUGAAAAGAGAUUCUCCAAGCCAGAGAUGGAAGCUCUACAGUUUGACCCACGCAAGAAGACCCUCUCCCUGACCAAGACAGAACUGCCAGCCAUCAUAGACAAACAUGAGGUCAUAGUCAGAGUGACUUACGCUGGAGUCUGCGGUACUGACCUUCACAUCAUGGAUGGCUCAUUCCCAUGCCGUGGUGACCGAGCAUUUAUCUUAGGCCAUGAGUUCUGUGGCGUAGCAAGCUCCAUCGGAGCAGAAGUGAAACACAUCAAGCGAGGAGAUCGAGUGGCAGUGGAUCCCCAGAGCUCAUGUGGCACUUGUUGCUACUGUACGAGUGGACGUUACCAUCAGUGCCCCAGUGGAGGUCUAAACACCACUCUUGGGAUCUUCAACAACGGAGGCUGGGCUCAGUUUUGUAAAGUUCCUGCCAAACAGGUCUACCGGCUGCCAGAGGCAAUCACGUUUCAGCAAGCUGUACUGAGCGAGCCACUGUCUUGUGUGUGCCAUGCAUGGGACCUGGUGUCUCCACUGCCGAUAGGUUCCUCUGUUCUUGUGUGCGGUGCUGGCAUCAUCGGUAACCUCUGGACAUGUGUCUUGCAUCACACAGGCCAUCGUAAUGUCACAAUAUCAGAACCUUCAACGGUACGUCGCACAUUCAAUGAGCGGCUCAACACAGGUUUCAAGUGCUGCAGUCCAGAUGAACUAAAAGCCGUGAAGGCCAGCAACCCUCAGUGGGGUGUAGACCUCUGUGUGGACUGUAGUGGCAAUGGUCGAGCGAUUGAAGAAGCUGUCUCUCUGCUCAACCCUUGUGGCAAACUGUGUAUCUUUGGCGUGGCUUCUCCAAAUGAGAAAAUUAGCAUUGCACCAUUUGAAAUCUUCAGAAAAGAACUGACUAUUUUCGGUGUUACAAUCAACCAGUUCAGCUUCCAGAAAGCCCUCAGCCUCAUCCAAGCUAUGGGAGCUAGCUAUCUGGAUUAUGAGAAGCUUGGAAUUCAGGUAUUUCCACUUGAUAAGUACCAGGAAGCAUUUGAUGCUCUCAGGAAAGGGCUGAUCUCUAAGGCCAUAUUCAAGUUAACACCAGGACCAGACUGAUCAUGAAGAUGUAAAACCCCGAUCUACUGCCAUCUGUACUGAAAAAAUACUCCCAAGAACUAAUUUGUUGCAUAAUAUAACAACAGGUGGAAAAUAUUUAAAAAAAAAAGCAAUUUGGUUUCUUGAUAUUAGAUUUUUGUAAAGUGUAAAAUAAUUAUUACUGUAAGUUUAAUACAAUAAAAUUUUUAACCAGGUA